CAAGUUUCCUCUUUGCCUGGUGAUUAUCAUGGCAACGCCUCCAAAGCUCGCCUACAUCACCAUCUACUGCAAGGACGUGACCAAGUCGGUGGAUUUCUACUCCAAAGCGUUUGGGCUCAAAGUUCGUCGCAUUGACAACACUCGCAAAUGGGCCGAGCUCGAGACGGGCUCUACAACGCUGUCUUUCACUCCUCUAGAGCAACACGAGACUGCUAUAACUGGAGGUGUCCAAACAGCUUCUAAGGACGAGCCACGCCACAAUGUGGAGAUAAGUUUUAGCUACCAAGACGUUGAUGCGGCAUACGAGCAUGUUGUUCGAGCUGGAGCGGUCUCGGUUGCUAAGCCUGAGGAGAAAAAAUGGGGUCAGAAGGUUGGAUAUGUGAGAGAUAUAGACGGCGUCAUGAUCCGCGUUGGUAGCUACGUUCACGAGCCUUGAUUGAUCUGUGGCUGUGCCUCUAAUAAAACUGUGAAGGAUUACCUCAGCUGAAAACUUUCUUGAUUGCUUCCUUCU